GUCGUAGAUGCAACGCGCCUGUGAGCGGUGCAAGCUACUGUUUGAUAGACAUGAUGGGCAUUUGUUCCUCCUUGAAAGCAAAAUCCUGAAUUAGGUUUAUCACUGCUCAGUUUCUAUCUAUUUCCCUUUCAAAUUCUCUCUCUUUCUUUACCAAACCAGUAAGCAAGGUACGUUCAGACUCACUGAUCCAAUGACCUCGAAGCUACUUGCUUCUAAUCUCCGUCACCACCUCACAAGAUCCGCCCGCAUCCUCUUCCGCAGCCAACCGCUUUCAACUGCGACAGCAGCGGCGGCGGACUCGUCCCAACCCUAUGAAGACGCCGCGGGAAUCACGAUGAAAGGGGUGAAAAUCUCCGGUAGACCGCUUUACCUGGACGUGCAAGCGACCUCACCGGUGGACCCUCGCGUGCUGGACGCCAUGCUCCCCUUCUUCCUUUCUCGCUACGGAAACCCUCACUCUCGAACACACUUCUACGGUUGGGAAUCGGAUGAGGCUGUUGAGCGAGCACGGUCUCAGGUUGCGGCCCUUGUAGGCGCUUCCCCCAAAGAAAUAGUCUUUACCUCAGGGGCAACUGAAUCCAACAACAUCUCCAUUAAGGGUGUGAUGCAUUUCUACAGGGAGAAGAAGAAGCACGUGAUUACCACCCAGACUUUGGUUGAUUUGGAGAAGCUUAGGGCUGCUAUUAGGCCUGAUACAGGUCUUGUUUCUGUGAUGGCUGUCAAUAACGAGAUUGGGGUGGUUCAACCUGUUGAGGAAAUUGGGAAGAUUUGCAAGGAAUUCAAUGUUCCUUUUCACACUGAUGCAGCUCAGGCUUUGGGGAAGAUUCCUAUUGAUGUUGAAAAGUGGAAUGUGAGUUUGAUGUCUCUGAGUGGACAUAAGAUUUAUGGACCUAAAGGUGUUGGGGCUUUGUAUCUUAGGAGGCGGCCGAGGAUUCGUGUCGAGCCUCAGAUGAACGGUGGUGGACAAGAGAGAGGGAUUAGGAGUGGAACUGUGCCUACCCCUUUGGCCGUGGGGAUGGGUGCAGCUUGUGAGUUGGCAAUGAAGGAGAUGCAGUAUGAUGAGAGGAGGGUUUCCAUGUUGCAGGAGCGGUUGCUUAAUGGGAUUAGAGACAGGAUUGAUGGGGUUGUGGUGAAUGGAAGCAUGGAGAGGCGCUAUGCUGGGAAUUUGAACUUGUCCUUCGCUUAUGUUGAAGGGGAGAGUCUUCUUAUGGGGUUGAAGGAGGUUGCUGUAUCUAGUGGCAGUGCCUGUACCAGUGCAAGCUUGGAGCCUUCUUAUGUGUUGAGAGCAUUGGGUGUGGAUGAGGACAUGGCUCACACUUCCAUUAGGUUUGGGAUUGGGAGGUUCACCACAGAGAAGGAAAUUGAUAGGGCGGUUGAACUCACGGUUAAGCAGGUGGAGAAGUUGAGGGAGAUGAGUCCACUUUACGAAAUGGUGAAGGAAGGUAUCAACAUCAAAGAGAUUCAAUGGGCACAGCACUGAUUAUCAGGGAAGUUCAUGACUUAAUUGGAUUCAUAUAUAGCGAGCUGAAUGAAUUGGACCUGGAUAACAUCCCUUCGGAGAUAGCUAAAUAUGUGUGCUGCUCAACCAUAUAAAUAAUCGAUGAUCACCCAGGUUUUUGGCGCCCUUCCAGACUCGUUUCGAGAAUCACAAUAGGUAAUUUAGGAUGAAACAUGCUCUUAAAUGGUUAUGUAUAAUAAUACCUUUCUAGGAUUGCUUACAUUUCUUGGCACGUACCUAUAUUACUUUGUCAUAUUGGAAUGAACACUUAUGCUCAUACUCAUUUUCUAGUUUUGUUUUAUUGUUUUUGUUCAUUGUUAAUCUUAACACGUAUGCCAACUACAUAUUGUGUUUCUUGUAUUAAUGCAUUUUGCUCUCAGAAUACUGAACUAGACGAUGAUAGUUGAAUAAAGCAUAUGGUUGUAUGCUAUCGACAACCUUCAAUUUGCUUGGUUGUUUCUUGUUUGA